AUGGACAAGGAUGAUUCAUUCCAGCUCUAUGACCUUCGCGUCGAGGUUGUCUGUCCUCCGGGGGAACGAAUCCUGUGCGGCGCCAAGGAAGGCGACUAUUUCACGCUGCAUGGAGAAAUGCUCUAUCUACCACCGAACCAGGGAAUCAGCAUCUACAGCCUGUCAUCCGUCCUGGCGCUCCUCCCAGCCAAACAGCGCGUUACGCACCAGAACGACUGGAUGUCAACAGAUGCAUUAAUCGCAUGCCCUGAUCCCAACUGUCCUUCGCAGCUGAAAAUCAUCAGGGAGGGAAUUCGGACGUUUAGUCACGGUGAAACGACCGCCGUACCUCUGAACCACUGAACGGGGAUUUGCCCGUGGGAUUUCAAAUCCCGUAGUUACGAGAAGAAAAACCCGUCUUGAAUGUUGAAACCAGCAUUAGCAAAGACAUCUGCCCAUGUAUCAUUGUCAGUCAGAAUGCAGUCUAUCCUUGCUG